AGUAACGGCUUUCUGUGUGGAGGACAGGACAGACCUAGACCCGGACAGACACGGACCCCCCUUGUUUUCUGGUCUGGUUCGGCUUGUUUCUCCCCGCUGCCUGUGUUGAAUGUUGGAUCUAACCCGGCUCGGCUCGGCUCGGCUCCGUUCGGUUUGGAUCUCUCCUCCUCUGUUGUGGAUCUGUGUGGUGGAUCUGUCCCGGCUCGAACCGACAUGAAGCGGGAGUUAAACCGGACCGCACCGCGCGGGACGAGGCUGUGAACGGAAGGACCGCCGCGUGCCAGAGCGCGCGCGACCGUGCGGAUGAAUGAAUGACCGAGAUGGAAAAACUACUGAGUCAGGUGGUGUGUGUGUGCGUGUUGUUGAGCGGACGAGUUUCUCCGGCAGAGUUAACCUGCGAAACGCUGAUCCUGCUAUCGACCAACUUGACAGCGAGGACGUUGGCGUUACUAAACCAGACGUUCACCAUCAGUAACACUUCAGGUUUAUAUUGUGAUCUGUCUGUGGACGGUAUAGGAACCUGUUGGCCUCGCAGUGCAGCAGGAGAACUAAUCUCCAGACCCUGUCCUGAACAGUUUAACGGCAUCCAUUACAAUACCACGAACCGGGUGUACAGAGAGUGUCAGUCUAACGGCAGCUGGGCUCCUCGAGGAAACUACAGUCAGUGCACCGAGAUCAUCGUCCUGAGGAAGAGUAAAGUUCAUUAUCAGGUUGCUGUGAUCAUCAACUACCUGGGUCACUGUAUCUCUCUGGGAGCUCUGUUACUCGCCUUCACACUCUUCAUGAGACUAAGGAGUAUUCGCUGUCUGAGGAACAUCAUCCACUGGAAUCUGAUCUCAGCAUUCAUCCUGAGGAACGCAACCUGGUUUAUCGUCCAGUUAACAAUGACCUCUGCUGUUACCGAGAGCAACCAGGUGUGGUGCAGGUUGGUGACAGCAGGUUAUAAUUAUUUCCAUGUGACGAAUUUCUUCUGGAUGUUUGGUGAAGGUUGUUACCUCCACACGGCCGUUGUUCUCACCUACUCCACCGACAAACUCAGGAAGUGGAUGUUCAUCUGCAUCGGCUGGGGUAUUCCAUUUCCCAUCAUAGUGGCCUGGGCUUUCGGGAAGCUUUACUACGACAACGAGAAGUGCUGGUUUGGAAAGAGGGCAGGGGUUUAUACAGACUACAUCUACCAAGGCCCCAUGAUCCUGGUCCUGCUGAUUAACUUUGUCUUCCUGUUCAACAUCGUUCGGAUCUUGAUGACCAAACUAAGGGCGUCGACCACCUCAGAGACCAUCCAGUACAGGAAGGCGGUGAAGGCGACGCUGGUGCUGCUGCCUCUGUUAGGAAUCACCUACAUGUUGUUCUUUGUGAAUCCUGGAGGAGAAGACGAAGUUGCUCAGAUCGUCUUCAUCUACUUUAACUCCAUCCUGGAGUCCUUCCAGGGUUUUUUUGUUUCAGUUUUCUACUGUUUUCUCAACAGUGAGGUGCGGUCUGCGGUCAGGAAGCGUUGGAUUCGUUGGCAGGACCGUCACUCCUUCCGGAGCCGGGCGGUGCGUGCCACGUCACUGCCCACCUCACCGAGCAGAGUCUCCUUCCACAGCAUCAAACAGUCCUCCAACCUCUGACAGACAGACUGUGUCUCUGUUGGACCUGAACUCAUCCAGCUGCAAUCUGUGAUGUAAUUCCAGUCAGCCAAUCGGAGGCUUUAUUCUGUGUUGGGACCUGGUUCAACCAACCAAUGGAUCAGAGUGUGGAGCCAAUCAGACGGAGAUCUGUCAGUCAGAACUGUCUGGCCCCGCCCGUCUUCAUGUGCUGACCAAUCACAGGACUUGACCAAUCAGCUGAUUCCACAGGGUCACAGACAGAUGUGACAUCAGGCAGUGGGACUGUGUUCAUGUUCUAUAAUCAACACGUUUAUUGAUGUGUGUUAUUCAUGAGCUAUAAGUGUCUAUAUUGUAACAUUGAUCACCAGCUUUCUCCUAUUCAACAGAGCUAACAACACACACAGUAGAUGGUAGUAAUUAUCUCAAAGAGACAGUCGAGUCAGCUGCAGCGAUCAGAACAUUUCAGGACAGGCUGCAAAAUAAUCCUAAGACUUUAUGGGCUAUUUGUUACCUUGAAAUGUUCCUGAGCACGCCCCCACACCAAGAGACUGAUUUCAAACUAAAUACGUCAUCAGUCCACUUAACUACUCUUCCAGUUUGUAACUAACAAACUAAUAUGAGAAGAAAACAAAGUGAGUGUCCCGAACGCAACAUGAACACAGCACAUGUCAGAGAGCUGCGCUGUCACCGGGGGGCGCUCUAACAAACUCACAGAUUAUAACAAAAUCUACCAGCACUAUAAUAAUUUGGGGGAUUAUAUCCAGUACAGAUUACAGCUAAACACAUUUUGAGAUUAUGAUGUAGUCGGGCAUUAUAACAAAUUCUGGGGAGUUAAAACUCAUUCGGGAAAUUAACAAAUUUGCAGAAUAUUCUAAAUUCUAUUGUUUUGUGAUUAUAAGACAUUUUGUUGUGAUUUGUGAGCAAACUCCAGGACUUCUUUAAUAUGUUGAUGACAUGUUUUUCUACUUUUAAUAUUUGCACUUUCCAUGAGAUGGAUGCUGGUAUAUUUAAAAUAUAUAUUUAUCAUAAAUUGUAAUUGUUGCUGUGCACAUUUGCACUCUACAGAGUUAACUGUAAAUCUUACUUUAAAUAAAAAGAACCAGUUUAGGGCCUCCAUAGAGGGUCGGCUCUGACGGAGACCAGUAGUACAAACAGUAACCACAGUAACCAUAGGAACCAUAGUAUAGUUAGUACCUGUAGGUCUAUAUAGAGGGAAACACUCAGGAUGAAACACAAACUGCUCCUCUUCCUCCUUUUUCCUGAUCUCAUAUUUAUUAUUGUGCCUGAAUGUGUGUGUGUGUGAAUAUUAAACUAAAAUAAGUGGCAUUAUAAGCUGGAUAAAUAUCUGGAUAAUUAUCUUAUAAUAAAUAUUUGAUUUAAAAAUGUUAGUUUUUGUAAAUAUUGAAUUUAUAAUAAUAUCAGAUUAAAAUGAAAUAUAUAAUUUGAGAUGUUUCAGUGACACGAGGAGUGCUCGGUUUGUCCACCUGACACCUGAAUAGAAUGAUGUUUAAUGAACGGCUGAGUGAAGUUUAAAGUUUAUCUGCAUAUUGUACAUUUAGCUGUGACCUUCUGUAUCUACUGAUGUCUAAUAAAUAAAUACAUUCUUCGACAGGA